ACGUGGAGGCGGGCCUGGGGGGGGGGGGUGCUAGCUCGAGCUGCAACUGCAUUGUAGAUUUCGGAAGGGUGCACGUGGGUCAUCUAGUCCAACCCCAUUCUGCAAUGCAGGACUCUCUUUGCAAUGCCGUGCAGGACCCUCACAACCCUGAGGUUAAGAAUUUGGGGACAGGGGUCUCAAGCACCCACGUGCGCUUGCAUCGCCCACGGGGUGGGGCUGUGCCUACGGAGUUAAUCCCUAAAUCCCCUGUGGUGACGUGUUGUUUUUCUCUCUUUCUUGUCCAGUCCUGAUCACUUGUCUGCUUGUAAGUACGGUAGCCAAACUGGAUUCCCUGCUUCUCCCCACCACCACCACCCAGCUUUUGGAGAUUUAAGUCCAGCCCCCCUCUUAAAUUGAUGCGAGCUGUUUGUGGAUCUGGUUAAUCAUUGCUUGGGACUGUCAAUGUUGUCUGCUAGUUUGGUACAGGUACCGGUAUAUGUACAGGGAUUACACCUGGUGGUUUUCCAGUUCAUAUUGUGCUUGAGCUGCAAAGCGUGGUUCUUCUGCGUUUUCUUAGCUCUGGUGAAAAGGAAAAAAUAGAAACAUCACCUAGUGUUAGAAGGACAAAUGGAAAUGAUAGUGUUGUACUUACUAAACUUAUUUUUAUCCACCAGGCUUUUUAAAAGUGUGGUUGUAUAGCCUUUAUGCAGUGUGCAGAUGCAGUCCAGUUCCCCCAGAUCUUUCCAGAGAUUGCAUGCGAUUCUUCUUAUAGCGCAAAGACAUUGUCCAUCAGUUGCAGAAAAACUGUUUAUUGUCCCCUCCUCUUGCUACCUUAUGCUUAGUACUGUACUCAUGCUUCCCCAGACAUAUAGUAUAAUAGGAGACAAACAAAGAGCUUGCUAGAAAAUUUUAAGGUUAGUUAUAGAGUUGUAUAAUUGCAUCAUUUCUGUGGCCCCUUAAAUUAUCCUUUGCAAAAUUGGUUUUGUUUCAUCCGGAUAACAGAGCUGUCUAUUAAGGAGAUUACUUGCCAAAUGAAAGGCUUAAGCUUUUAUAAAAUCUCUUUGCAAUCUAAUCUUAGAACACAGUUCUCCAUGUGCUGUUCCUAGUUAUGGUGUGCAGCACCGUCCUGUAAUGACUUAACAUACAUCCUUGCCCCAUGGUUAAUCUCUGAAGCCAUGAGUAGCUGUGAACGAGAUUUGAAAUAAAGUUACUUGAUGUCAACUCUUUUAUGGAUGCUUUGUCUCAACAUUUGCAAAAUAAUCUGAACCCUGUUAGGGGAGGUACAUAUGCUGCAGCAAAAAGGGGGUUGUGUUUUUAAGAACUCUUCUUUUUGGAUGACACAGCAUGUGGCAUUAAAAAGGCAGAUGGUGUAAUGUGAUUGCACUGUAGUGCUGUAGGAACCUAUUUAUCUGCUGUCACUUAAUUCUGAACUAGCCGGGGUUCUAAAAUCUCACUUUAAACCAAUUUAUCAAGUCUAAAUAAUUUACAGCACCAUAUGAGCUUAUAAUUGAGCAGUUUUGCAUGGAAAGGCUUGCAGUAAAGCUGUCAUUAUGAAUUUGUUUUUAAACCUGCAGUUAAAAUUUGCAACUCUCAUAGUCUGAUUCAGCCCUGUGUUUACCUGUGUUCUGUUCUGUGUAAAUAUUUAUUCCUGGGGAGGAAAUCCUAAGGCGCAAAUCGAAAAUCCACACUGAAGCAAACCAAUCAAGUGCUGUAUGUUAUAUAGAGUGACAGGAAACACAGAUGGGCAGCACAACACAGAUGUAGUUAAGUACCAUCUAGUGCUGGUGAUUGUUAAAUUGGGUUGCAUUUUGUACUACACAAAAUUAUAUAUUCAUUCUAGGGAUAGCUUUUAAUCUUUAAGAAAUUAGUGUAUUUUAAUAUUUCUGUUGGAAGCCGCCCAGAGUGGCUGGGGAAACCCAGCCAAAUGGGCGGGGUACAAAUAAUAAAUUAUUAUUAUUAUUACUGUUGAAAGCCAGUGUGGUGUAGUGUUUGGGUUCAAAUCACUAUAUGGCCACAAAACUUACUGGGUCACCAUGGGUCAGUGGUUGCCUCUUCACCUAUAAUUUGAUCUCCUUGGAGGAAGUGGGCCUAAAAAUGUAAUAGUUACUGGCAUGUCAGUGUCAAGAAAGUAUUUUUCUCAUAUAAAAUAUAGAUAGCUGCUAUGCAUUUUUUGAGCAUGGCUGCGUAAAUGAGCAAGUUCGCUACAACCAGAGGUAGCUGGGUGGAGGAGACUUUGGACCCUAUAAACUUUUAUUUGUGAGAGGAUUGGCUCAUGAUUUCCAUUUUCACUUUUAGCAUAUUAUAAAGUCGCCACGGGAUUAUUUUCCUUGAAACGGUUUUGCUAUUCCUAUGAAUGUGGCUUAAGCUGACGUUUUUCUCCACUUCAGGGGGCUAGUUCUGAAGUUUAUACCCUGACGCCGUCAAUACUUCUUGCUACAUGGAGUGAUGAAGUAAUCACCACGUGAAAUUGGCUUGGUAGCAUUAAAAAAAAAAAGAAUAGAGGAGAUGCUUACGUAGGCGAUUUAACCCGCAGUGGCUCAUAAUGCUUCUCUGCUGAAGCAGUUGAUCUGUUUCUCUGGAUGCGUUAGUUGCUAUGGGAGAUUGGAACACUAUUACAGUGCCAGCACUGUCGCCAGAUAAUAUCACUUGGUAUACCUCAGGCAGAAACAUGUCCCCCUCAAGCUUAAUUACACAGCAGGCGCAUUGCUCACCACUGCCUUUGUCCAAAAGUGCGCACAGCUUUUUCAGUGCCUUCUGCACAGAAGAGAACGUUGAACAGAGCCUCUCCUAUCUUAAUAGGGAGCUGACCACGCUGGGCUUCCCUUCGCUUUAUGCAGACUCCAGAAGCAAAGAGUUAAAUGUAGUAUCGGUUUUAAACUGUGUGAAUGACCUGCUGCUGCUUCAGCGCAAGACUCUACGGGCUCAGGAAGAAACAGAAACCCAGCAUCUAAAACUGGGUAGCGACAUGGACCACCUGCAGAACAGCUAUACGAAGUUAAAGGAGCAGCUGGAAACCUCUAGAAGAGAAAUAGUUGGACUUCAAGAAAGGGACAGGCAAUUGCAAUGCAAAAACAGGAAUCUACACCAGUUACUAAAAACGGAAAAAGAUGAGGUACAGAAACUGCAGAACAUUGUUGCAAGUCGAGCCACCCAGUACAAUCAUGAUAUGAAGAGGAAAGAAAGAGAAUACAACAAACUGAAGGAGCGCUUUCAUCAACUUCUUAUCAACAAGAAAGAUAAAAAAAUGACCAUGGAUGUUCUAAACUAUGUAGGUAGAGCUGAUGGCAAGAGAGGUGCAUGGAGAACUGGGAAAACAGAAGCGAGAAACGAAGAGGAGGUGUUCAAAGCUCUCUUAAACGAGUACGAACAGCGUCAGAAACAGCUUCUGAUAGAAAAUGCUGAGCUCAAAAAGCUGCUUCAGCAAAUGAAGAAGGAGAUAAUUUCUCUCCUUCCAUCACAGAAGCAGAAACCUAAGGAGAAGGCUGAAGAUGGCAAUGGAACUGUUCUCUCAGACAUGGAGGAGGACUCUGGAGAAGCAAAUAAAGAGAAUGUGUGGGAACUUUCUUGUGAAACAGCGCGUGAACAGCUUGCUAACAGCAUUCGGAAGCAGUGGAGAAUGCUGAAAAAUCAUGUUGAAAACCUGGACAACCAAGUGUCGCAUGUGCAUUCUGGGUCACCGAACGACAAAGAUACAAUCUCAAGAGAGAGCCAUGAGCUAGAAGUCGAGAGGCUGCAGCUGGAAAUUCAGCAGUGCAAAGAGAUGGUAAAAACUCAGCAGCAGCUCUUACAGCAGCUAACUUCUCCAUGUGAUGACGACACCAAUACGUUGCUAAAGGACUGUUACUUGCUGGAAGAAAAGGAGAGGCUGAAGGAAGAGUGGAAACUGUUCCGGGAACAGAAGAAGAACUUUGAGAGAGAGCGCAAAAGUUUUACAGAGGCUGCUAUCAGGCUAGGACUUGAGAGGAAGGCAUUUGAGGAGGAUCGUGGGACUUGGCUGAAGCAACAGUUCCUGAGUAUGACUCCUGACCAAAAUAAAUGCGACCACACAAAACCUCAAAGUGCCUUCUGGGGAAGUACAGACUCGGACUAUCCAUUGGCAAAUUUCAGGUAUCGCCAAAAGAAACUGAACCACAUGGCCAACGCCUCCAAAUUCUCAGAUGUUUGUCAGGCAGCUCUGCAUAUCCUUGAGAACAGUCGUACCUCAGAAGGUGAACGGAAUCCGUUCCGGAAGUCCGUUCGACUUCCAAAACUUUUGGAAACCAAGGCGCGGCUUCCGAUUGGCUGCAGGAAGCUCCUGCAGCCAAUCGGAACCUGCUUCGGGUUCCAAAGAACAUUCACAAACCGGAACACUCACUUCUGGGUUUGCGGCAUUCGGGAGCCAAAACGUUUGACUUGCAAGGCCUUCGACUUCCGAGUGCUCCUCCGGAUAAUACGCCCGAUGACCGAAAGCAGCCAAGCCAGGUUAGAAAGGAACAGUUGAGAAAGAUGCAGACUACUGAUGCCAGUCCCGUUGCGCAAGAUGAUGUGGACAGCUUGCACAUGCUACUGCCAGCAAACCUAUGCACAGAACACAUAGAUAACUUGCCUUAGAUUAUCAGACCUCUCUCUCUCUCUCUCUCUCUCUCUUUGUUUAACUGGAUGUGUCCAUAAACUUUCGUUUGGCGAAACAGGGUGUUUGUUAUUCAUGGAAUCAAUUGGCGGAGAUUGAUAGCGGUUGUGCUGUAUGUGUGGCUUUUUAAAGAUUCCCUCUCUCAUCCCUGCCCUCACUUCAGACCUUUCCUAUCUGUACCCUUUUGAAAGGCUGUUUUAAAAAAUAUAUCUUGAAAUAGAUGUAUAUUCUUAGAACAGGAGACGUUCUUGAACUAAGGAAUGUGUGAAUCUUCUGAUAGUGAAAUUGUAUUUUUUACUUCAGGUACUAGUAGUGCUUUUAGCACAAGUAUGGGGGAAUAUUCACUUGCGUCUCAAGUGUAACUGGCAUUGAAACUCUUCCCCGCUCCCACCCACCCUUUAACUUGAAUGUACAGCAUAUUGCAGGUGAUUAACAUGGCAGGUUCUAUAUUUAUUGUGUGACUUUGGGAUUACCUCUUUUCAUAAAUUAAAAAGCGAGGUAUUAGCUUGCACAUAGAUGGAUAUAUAAAAAUAUAUAAACGAUAACGUGUCAAUGCCAUGAAAUUAAAUUCACAGGUCCCCAAAAAAUCAUUUUACAUGCCAAUUGUCAGAGAAGGGUUUUUUAUAUAUAUAUAAUUGUGAUACUAUGUUUACAGAUGGGGGAUUUUUUUAAAUGCUCAGAAAAAAGAACCUUAAAAUGCAUCUGUAAAAUAAAUGUAAUAAGCGUAUUCUACAAAAUACAGACGAAUGGAUUCUGGUGUUUUAUUUAUCAGUUGGAAGCACAGUGCCAAAAGGCAUUGCGGUAUCUCUCUGCUACACAGUUCGCAUUAUGUAAUGCAUUUUAGCAAAACAAAUGAGAACUUUUCGGAUCUUUUUGCAAGUUUCCAGGGU